CUCUUCUGUCAUAGGAUGGCAUUAGGUCUGUGUCUGCAGGUGCUGUGCAGCCUGGGUGGCUGGCUCUCACUCUAUACGUCUUUCUGCCGCCUGAAUAAGCACCGAAGCUAUGAGUGGAGCUGCCGGCUGGUGACCUUCACCCAUGGAGUCCUCUCUAUAGGCCUGUCUGCUUAUAUUGGCUUCAUUGAUGGCCCUUGGCCUUUUACCCACCCAGGCUCACCGAACACACCUCUCCAAGUUCACAUUCUGUGUCUUACCUUGGGCUACUUCAUCUUCGACUUGGGCUGGUGCAUCUAUUUCCAGUCCGAGGGUGCUUUGAUGCUGGCUCACCACACACUGAGCAUCUUGGGGAUCAUCAUGGCCCUAGCACUUGGGGAGUCGGGCACAGAGGUCAACGCGGUCCUCUUUGGAAGUGAGAUCACCAACCCGUUGCUCCAGAUUCGCUGGUUUCUCCGUGAAACCGGGCACUACCACAGUUUCACUGGAGAUGUGGUAGACUUCCUCUUUGUGGCUCUGUUCACUGGUGUGAGGAUUGGUGUAGGCGCCCAUCUCCUUUUCUGUGAAAUGGUCUCACCCACACCCAAGUGGUUUGUGAAGGUUGGGGGAAUAGCAAUGUAUGCUGUGUCUUGGUGCUUUAUGGUUAGCAUUUGGCGCUUUGCGUGGAAGAAGAGCAUCAAGAAGUACCAUGCGUGGAGGAGCAGGAGGAAUGAGGAGCGACAGCUAAGACACAAUGGGCAUCUCAAGGCACACUAGCCAAGGCUUGCUCCUGGUAAAUGGGCUGGGUUGACUUGGCCGUGGGACUAGAGGCAGAAACAGAACUGAGCUUAUAGUGCUUAAGAGCUGAGCUU